GAGGGUAGAUAGAGGGGCAGUACUGCAGCAGAGGGUAGAUAGAGGGGCAGUACUGCAGCAGAGGGUAGAUAGAGGGGCAGUACUGCAGCAGAGGGUAGAUAGAGGGGCAGUACUGCAGCAGAGGGUAGAUAGAGGGGCAGUACUGCAGCCUGGCAUUAGAUUACACCAUGGCCGGGGUUACAGUGUCACACAGCUGAUCCCCGGAGGACCCCUGUGAGCUGCGCCCGUCUCCUAUAUGGGGGGCUACACUGAUGACUGACAGUUUUUCCUGUGUCCAAAAGAUACCUGUCAAUCACUAUGUGUGGGCGGGGCAAGCAGGACUCCCAGGCUUUCUCUAGGAGUCCUGACAGUGUACCGCCUCAUGGGGACAGACGCCAAAGAGACAGGGAGACUUCUAUAUAAGAAAUCUUUGCAAAAUGAAAAAUAAAUAGUAGCAGGAAAUGUCCUGAGGAGAAAUCCGCACUUAUCAGACAUAGAUUACACAACCCCAUCAUCCAGAUUACAGUAGGGUUUGCUGUACUGCGCAUGCGUUCCAACUAAAGGACAGGCCAGCUUGUGAAACGCGCAUGCGUGCUCUCACAUAAUACGUACUGGGAAUUCUCCGGCGGGUUAAUACUGCGCCGUCCAAUGAGCGCGGGAGGAGGCGUGACUUUAGUCUUCCACUUCCACGCCUCUGUCUGUCUCCAUGGUAACGACAGGACGCCGUGGAGGACGGAAGCCGAUACGGCCUGAAUUAAGGACGUAUAAUGAAUAAAUACAAGGUCCUGGAAGAAUGGGGCGCUGGAGCUUUUGGGGUGACCUGUCUGGUGGAGGAGUUAGGAGGAGGAGCAAGGAAAUGUGUUGUUAAGAAGGUGGAGUGUAUUGAUGAACGGGAGGGAAAUCUCGCCCUGGAAGAGGCUAUGGCAUUGCUGGAGCUUCAGCACCCUCAUGUAUGUGCCUAUCAGGAGUUUUUUAUGAUCUGGGAUCAUAAGAUCUCAUCGCUGUUUUUUUGCCUGGUGAUGGAUUACUGCGAUCAGGGGAACCUGGAGCAGAUGGUGCGAGAUAACAGACGAGAGGGGAGGAUCAUAAAUGAAAAAAUCAUUCAGAGAUUUCUCGCUCAGGCCAUCGAGGCUUUAAUUUAUGUUCACAAAAAGCGCGUCCUCCACAGAAACCUCAAACCAAGUAACGUCCUCCUGAGGCGGGAAGACGUCUUCGUCAUAAGUGACUUUCUUCCUCAGACGUUGGCAACAGAUGAAAUGAAGAUGAAGAUAAGAGUGGAUCCCGAGAGAAAAAUAUUCAUGGCUCCAGAAUCGCUAGAAUUCCUGUAUACUGACAAGUCGGACGUCUGGUCUUUGGGGUGUAUCUUACUGGAUCUGAUGAUGACGUCCGUGAGGACGGACCCUGAGAUCAUUGAGCUCUUGGAGAGGAUAAAGUUGGACCCACCGUACUUACGUGUAAAUUUAGAUUUAAUUCAGUACAAAGUCGGUUACUCAGAGGAGCUGUUCCGACUGCUACCAAAGAUGCUACAGAUUCAUCCUGAGGAUCGCCCCUCGGCUAAUGACUUGCUGCGUGAGCCUUACGUCGUUGAGUGCUUGGUUUUGAUUGGUUCUCCCGUGUCGGGUUUGAAGAAGAUUCUGCCCCCUGGUGUUCUAGACGAGAUUAAAGAUGGCGGUAUAGAAAAUGUAAUAGGGCUCAUGAAGAGGUACCCCGACUUCGAGGAGGCUCAGUUAUCAGCACUGAAUCACCUGAUCAAUUAUGAUUCAGAUGGAGAAGGGGUCUUGGACACAGGCGACACAAUGCACCUCGUCUCACUGGCUAUGAGGACGCACAAGGACUCCAGAGUACAAUGGGAGGGCAGCCGAGUGCUGCAUAGACUGGUAUCACAAGCCUUGGAACAAGAAGAUGGCGAGCAGCUCUGGUCUGGAGAGGAUCUAGGCAUUACUUUGGUGGAAGCAGCAAGGACUUCUCCCCAGAGGGAUGAGCUAAUAUCUGUAAUCUUCAGUGUGAUGAUGAUGAUGAUUUCAGUUAGAGAGCCGGCAGUGGAGUUGCUAAGGAGAACAGGUUUUGUCUCAGAUCUAGUCAGAAUUCUGGAGACAUCACUGGAGAACAGAGACUUGUGUCAGUCCUGCUGCGCUCUGAUAUGGUCCUUGGCCAUGACCGAGAACCAAACAGAUGGAGAGUGUCUGAAGAAAGCCGUACCGGUAGUCUGCACCGCGCUUGAGACAUACCGCACUGACGGACCGCUGGUGGAAUCGGCCUGCACCGCCCUGUGGAUCCUCGGGAUGAAAGGACAUAUAACGGAGGAGCAGACUGAAUCCAUAACAUUACUCCUCCUGGAAGCCCUGCAAGCGCAUUCACCGCGUCCCAUCCUGUCUAAGAACGUCUGUUUGGCGCUGACUGGUUUGGUGGUGAAUUCAGAAUUGUCCGCUUAUCGCGUGCUGGUGCCUGCGGCGGGGAUGAGCGGCCUUCCUCUAAUUAAAGAGCUUUACCGAUUACACGACGAUGACCCCGAAAUCGUGGAGAACAUCUGCCUGCUGCUCAGUGAAAUGGCUCAUUAUGGCAGCGCUCGUCCUGAACUGGUAUUACAACACGUGGAUCAGCUGAUGGCUGAAAUCAAGGAGCGAUACGACUGCCUGGAGGAGAUAACGACACUGGCAGACGCCACACUGUCAAGAUUGAAGACUUAACGUAAUAAGACUAUAUAUGACUUAUACAAGUAAAGAUUGUAUGUUUUGUUU